CCCAACUACAGUUGCAAGAUGGAGUAGUAUUUCAUCAUUUCAAGGCAAUUGUAAAUCUAAUUAUCCAAAUAUAAAAAAAAAUCUGCAAAUGGGGAACGCUCUAAGGUUCCUGUCCGCCAAACUCUGCGAACGAUCCGAUUCCGGCGACGUCACCGUCGGAGUUUCCGCCCUCGCCCACGAUCUUUACAACUUUGAAAUCACCAACCAGGUUCCUCGAGAACUGUGUAAGCAUGUUGUUUCCUCCAGAAAAGCUCAAUGCAAGUGGUACAAGAAUCUAGCCGGAGCGUGGAGAGAGACAAAACCACCACCUAAAUCAGCGGAAGAAGCCUCCCGGCUCGUGAUUCGGACUCGCAAGAGACAUCAAAAGGCCGAUGUCGAGGGUCUCUUAGCUUACUAUGGCCUUCCUCUGCCUCACUCUUUGGUGGAGCUCACCACCUGGGCUCCUCCGUCCGAGCCUCAAGGUCUCAUGUUCGAAUUACAUACGAUACCAGUAGACCCGAGGGCUGUGGCGGAUGGCGAUACAAUAACUGUGUACGUAAGUGUUGCGGACCCUAGGGAGUCUGCUAAUGUUCCUAGACUAGUCCAAGUUGCAGCUGAUGAAAAAGCUAAGGCUCGUGCGAGGAGGAACUAUGGUGAUGCUGAUGAACUCCACAAGCUUAUUAUUGAUGCUGGAUACAGGGUGAUAAAACUUCAAAAUGAGGAGGUUCUUGCCAAAAAAUACAGAAUACAGCUAAGGGGAAUUGAUGCACCCGAGCGCGAAAUGCCAUUCGGACAAGAAGCCAAGGAAGAACUGGUGAAAAUUGUGCAGAAAAAGUGUCUAAGAGUGCUUGUGUUCGGUGAAGAUCGUUAUGGUAGGUGCGUAGGAGAUGUAUAUUGCAACGGCGUCUUUGUUCAGGAGUUGAUGAUUAAGAAGGGGCUAGCAUGGCACUACAAAGCCUAUGAUCGACGUCCGGAGCUGGAUAAGUGGGAGAAAGAGGCUCGUGCAAAACGGGUGGGUUUAUGGUCGGCUCUGAACCCGGAGACGUCGUGGGAGUGGAGGAAGGACAGACGUGAAAGCAGAUAGAUUGCUUUCCAUCUUGGUCUAAGGAAUAGAAUGUGAUUAUGUUGCACUUAGGAAAUGGUAUUGAAAUCUUUUGUUUCUCCUAACAUAUUAGAGAUAUGUAAUUAUGCUCAAAACCUCGCUCAUUUUCAAGAUCCACAUGAG